ACAAAAUCUCAGUUUGGCCAUACGUGGAUUUUUUUACUCUUAGAGCCAUUCGAAAACGAUAUGGACAGCAACGAGGAAAGGAAACCCGAGAAACAACCCGUUGCCGAUGGAGUCCCGCAGCUGGAUCUUAGCAAAUCGCCCAAAGAAAUUUACUUCGAGCUGCUGCGAACAUGGGUUUACCAUGCCGAGAUGCAGAACCAUAUUCAGGCACACUUUCCGUACUAUCUGAUGAGCAACUAUCCGCAGCUAUUCCAGCUCACCGCCGGCGCGGGAGCAGCGAUGCCAUCCACCGGUUGGAACGGUCUAGUGGCGGGAACUGCCGGUGUGGCAGCAGCGGCUGGUGUGUCCUCAAACUCAUCCACCACGCCAGCAGGACAGCCGAUGGGCCAAGGACAAGUGACCGGUCAGAAUCGUGCCGGAAGGACUGAUUUGCUCGAUCCUACGCGCCCAGAUGCGGCCAUUAACCGGCACGGUGGAUACGAGUACGUGGUGGCCCCGCUGUGGAAGCGAUUCGCAGCGGAAGCCAUCGACAUUGCGAUCAUAUUUUUGCUGAAGAUUAUGAUCACGCUUGCCUUCAUCGACGCGUUACAAAUCGACCUCUUCUACAUGGACCUCGAUGCCAUCCGCAGUUCCUUCGAAGAAGACUAUACGGAGCUGCUAUCGUUCACAUCCGAGCUGAUCUUCCUCGAGAUCGUGAUCAAGAUUGCCGUCUGUAUCUACGAAGCGGUGUGGACAUCACACGUCCAGGUCCUACCGGGUAGUGCUACGCCGGGAAAGAUGCUGAUGGGGCUGCGUAUCGUGCACGCCGAAUCGGUGCUUGUUCUCGAGCCGCAGCCGCAUCCCGCAAUACUGACCAACCAGACGCCAAUGCGGGCCUUACUCUACCCGGCCACGCCGCCCAGUCUCGGGCGCGCUUUUGGGCGGGCCGUGGUCAAGAACGUAGUGAUUACGUUCUUUUUCCCGCUGUGUCUGCUGUGCUUCCGGCAUAAUCGCUCCCUGUACGACGUCAUGGCGAAGACGGUGGUGGUUGAAGAUAAUCCUAAUCCAAUGCUUCGGAGGCGCUAAGCCGUGUAAAGCAAGGCACCGUUUGGCAGCAAGGCUGUGUAACAAGGGCUCCCAGUGUCAGUACCAAAUCGAGCGGCUUGCGAAUUGAAAGCGGUAAACGGGAGGGCGGUAGGCAGAUUAUUUCCUGCAUAAGCAUCUUAUAGUUGAGGAGGGGUUUUACAAUUAAAUGGGCCAAUUCUCAGUUUACCAAAUACAUGGAUAAUGAUUAUUCAUAGCUGAGGCAGCAUUA